AUGAUCUGUGAAACCAUCCUGAAGUCGCCGUUGGGCGAGCGGCCUCUAGCGCAAGAAGCAGCAGAUGUGGCGCGGGAACCGAUUCUGUUCAACCGGCGCAUUCUGCCCAACGGAAAGACACCGCUGGGAGGGCAGAAAUCAGCAGCGCGGCUUAAGGAUUGGAACCUGGGGAAGCUGAGGUGCACUGGGGCGGAUGGGGCUCCUGCUUUCAAGUCGUUGGAGCAGUUGAAAACGGAACUGAGGGAGAUAGAGCCGGCGAGGUUGGCGCUCAAGGCGUUGGAAGCAGUGCCAGAAGAUUGGAAGAAGGCACCAGUGGCAACUGGAGGGGAUAGCUCGGCUGCCUCACAGCAGCAACCGUUACCCAUCCAACAAGCAAGCGAAGUGGGGGAGCAGGUGGGGCAAGAGUAUCGACUGGAGGAGAAUCAUUGCCAUCAGGGACUCGCGGGUGAUUCCCAACCGUCCACGUAG